GUCGUCGUAGCCGUCGAUGUUCAAAGUAGUUAAUAUAAAUAAAAAAAAAAUGGUAGUGUUCUCCAAUACAAAAACCGGAAAUCUUGCAAAUUUUCCCGUUUUUCAGUAGUUUAUAGACCCAAUAAUCGGUUCCGGACAUAAACAGGGACGUGUGGAUUUGCCCAGGCGUAUAUUUAGUUGUAUAAAGUAACAGUUUGUGGUUGUAUGGGCGGGUUCCAAAAAGAUUAGAGGGACCACAGAAUAUGUUGCUUUAUAAAAAUAAACCCACUACAGCUUGAACAAUCAACUUGCCUGAACAAUGACUCAUUCAAGACUAAACAUAGUGUAUGCUUGUUUAGACACAACGUUCCAGUAGUCUGGAUUUAUCUUGUUUCACAGAUGGAUGGGAAUAGAUAAAUAUGGCGAAUAAUAGGUAUAUUUUACAGGUAUAUGUAGGGGCUUUAAGUAGCCAUUAUGAAGCCCUUUCUGUUGAAGCCAGUAAGCAGACAACUUCAGAGGAGAUAGUUUCUUGUAUUGUUGAAAGGCUCUCUCUUAAUGAAAAUAUUUCUUACGAAUUAGCUGAGGUAAUUGGUGACAAUUGCGGACAAGAAUGCAAAGAGAGAAGUUUGGCAAGUCACGAAAGCCCUGUGCAAUUAAUGAUGCUUUGGCCGAGACACAGAACGGACAACAUGUGUUACAGAUUUUGCCUUAGGGAGCAAGUAGAGUGUGACUGGAGAGAUCGUUUUGUUAUGGAUCCGCAGCUUAUUAAAGAUUACUUGCAUAGAUUUUUAUACCAGCCAAAGGACCGAGAGUACCCAGAUCUCUGUCAGCUGCCAGACCUCAACGAGCAAACACUCCUUGACAAUCUUCGCGAACGUUUUGUCGCGGGUCACAUUUACACCUACGUCGGUUCCAUCCUAAUAGCCCUAAAUCCUUUUAAAUUCUAUCCUAUUUAUAAUCCGAAAUACGUAAAGCUCUACCAAAAUCGGCGGAUUGCCGCCAAUCUACCUCCACACAUUUUUGCGGUGGCAGAUUGUGCCUAUCGGUGUAUGUUAAAGGACAGAAAGAAUCAAUGUAUAGUAAUCAGUGGCGAGAGUGGUUCGGGCAAAACCGAAAGUACAAAUUUCCUAUUGCACCAUUUGACCGCGCUUAGCCAGAAGGGAUCGCAGGGCAGUGGGGUGGAACAAACGAUACUCAGCGCGGGUCCAGUAUUGGAAGCUUUUGGAAAUGCCAAGACUGCUCAUAAUAAUAACUCUAGUCGUUUUGGAAAGUUCAUUCAAGUAAACUAUAAAGAAAAUGGAAUGGUUCACGGAGCAGUGGUUCAAAAGUACCUCUUGGAAAAAUCAAGGAUUGUGUGUCAAGGGCGUUACGAACGAAACUAUCACGUUUUUUAUUACUUACUGGAGGGGGCUAAUGAACAGGAAAAGCAGCAGUUGCACCUUAUGACACCAGACAAAUACUACUACCUAAAUAAGUCCUGUUUUGCUUUAGAAAAUGUCGACGAAAGCUAUGAAUUCUCUAGGUUAAAACAGUCGAUGGAAAUGGUGGGAUUUACGCCAGAAAAACAACGUCGCUUAUUUUCGGUCCUUUCGGCAGUGCUGCUGCUCGGCAACGUGGAGUUUCAGCCAAGAAAAUCGGCGUAUCAUCACGACGAAUCGGUUGGGGUGAAAAAUCCGGAGGUGGUGGCCCUUAUUUCCGAAUUAUUGAGGGUGAAACAGGAAACAUUAAUGCAAGCACUGACUGCGAAACGGGCCAGGGCUUCAGGAGAAACUUUGGUGAUAAAUUACAGAUUACCAGAGGCAAUAGCUAGUAGGGACGCUAUGGCAAAAUGUCUCUAUGGGGCACUCUUUGAUUGGAUCGUCUUGCAAGUAAAUCAUGCCCUUUUGUCAAAAAAGGAUACCUUCCGGGAACAUCAAGGUAACUCUAUAGGAGUCUUAGACAUAUUCGGUUUUGAAGAUUUCGGUUUGAACAAUAGUUUCGAGCAGCUGUGCAUCAAUUAUGCCAACGAACAUUUGCAAUAUUAUUUCAAUCAGCACGUAUUUAAAUAUGAGCAAGAAGAGUAUCGGAAAGAGGGAAUUCGGUGGACGAACAUCGAUUUUAUGGAUAAUACUGGCUGUCUGCAGUUGAUUGAGGCGAAACCUAAUGGACUAUUGUGCCUUUUAGAUGAUCAAUGCAAUUUUCCUGGUGCGACAAAUGAAACGUUACUGCAAAAAUUUAAUACCGUUCACAAAGACAAUAAAUUUUACAAUAAACCUCAAAAAAAGGAAGGAGCUUUUAUAGUGGAGCACUAUGCCGGAAAAGUCAAAUACCAAGUAGCUGACAUGCGCGAAAAAAACCUUGACCUCAUGCGCCAAGACAUCGUGGGAGUGCUUAAAAACAGCUCGAUGGCUUUCGUCCGGGAACUAGUGGGUGUAGAUCCGGUCGCGGUAUUUCGUUGGGCGAUAGUUCGCGCAUUCUUCAGAGCUCAAUUCGCGUUCAGAGAGGCGGGGAAGAAACAUCGACAAGGUAGAGUAGACGGCAAUCGCAAUAACAUUCAGCAACGAUACAGAGGAGUGCAUGUACCCAAUGAAAAUCUUAUCAGCAAACAACGAUACUCAACAUUUACUCGGUCCAACAACGAAGAAGCAACGUCAAGUAAUAGGCUGAGCUGGCCGCAAUUUUAUCAUCGAAGUAGGUCGAAUUCAUCGAUUCCAGUGAAAACGAACGAAGACGAACGGCGUCGUAGGGAAUCUGCAAAUUCUCAGGGAUCCUACGCUUUAGAAAAAAUGCUUUGCCCGGACGAAGCCAGGGCAAUUCAGAGGGCGAACCAAAUCGUUAUGAAGAACAAAUCAUUUCGACCUAGGGAACGCGGCAAGAAAGGACUGAAAAAUCUCCAAUCAGUAAAGAAUCUGGUUGGUAGAACAGGCAUUACUGCCAUGAACCAAAAUCAGCUCAGCAAAGCGAGAAAACAGCCGUUGACUGUGGCCGCGCAGUUCCAGCAAAGCUUACAUUCUCUUAUGGAUACUCUGAAUCAAGCAAAUCCUUUUUUUAUUAGAUGCAUCAAGUCUAAUGGCAAUAAAAUAUCUAAUAAUUUUGAUCCAGAGUGUGUUCAAAGGCAAUUAAGGUAUACGGGUAUGUUGGAAACGGUCAGAAUAAGGCAAGCAGGAUUUAACGUGCGUUUGACAUAUGACGAAUUUAUUCAGCUUUACCGAAUAUUAUUACCCAAGGGACUUCUUAGCUCACAAUUAGAUGUCAGGCAUUUCCUAGCUACGUUAAAUUUAAAUCGGGAUAAUUACCAGUUAGGUGCCACAAAAGUCUUUAUGAGAGAGUCAGAAAAACAUAAACUAGAUUCUCGGUUGCAUCAACAAAUUAUGGCCGGUAUUGUGCUGCUUCAGAGGUGGUUUAGGGCUUGCCUGGAAAGGAGGAGAUUUUUACGAAUGAAGUCGGCUGUCGUGAUGUUGCAAUCGUACUGCAGGAUGUAUUUAGUACAAAAAAGGGUGAGGCAGAUCCAGGCGGCUGUCAAAAUUCAGAAAUUUUGGAGGAACUACAAGGCCAAGGAGUGGCUUAGGAAAUUAAAAGCUAGCAUUAUACAUUUUCAAGCUCAUUGUAGGGGCUUUAAGGUUCGACAGAUGAUUGGCAUGGGCCAUUAUCAUAGGAAAUCACAAGCAAUAAAAAUGGGUCCUCCGGGUAUUAGUGUUAAGAAAUUUAGCUCGGAUGAAGCGUUUGUCAGUAAGGAAUCGAGUCAAGAGGAAUUAAGGACUGGGCCAGGCGAAAAACGUUUCAACGAUUCAGACGAGAGUAGUGGAGUUCACGAGGACGAUCUUGAAAACGCAAAUCCAAAUAAACCAUUGCUACGAUCUACCGUUUCCUUACCGAUGGUUUCUCCUACCAAUUACUAUUACCAUUCUGAUAUUGGUAGUUCUCCAACCAUCAACAGGUUCGAACAAUUUGACCAAAGGAAAAAAAUCAGUAAAUCCCAUCAAACCAUAGACUAUUCGGAUCUAGAAUAUUCUCCACGCAGAAAAGGCAGUGGCGAGUCUCUGGAUUCACAGAAAAGUUUUGAGUCGCAUCAGAGCAUAGAUUCACAUUCUAGUAGCACAGUGAGAGAGAACACAAAGGCUGAUUCUUUAACAUUGGGAAAACAGUGGUCCAACAGUAGUACGACGAGCGAAACCUUUUCGGAACCGGGUAUAACGCGUUCUGCACCUCCUCUGGUUUCUCACAAGUUCAGUAGAUUUGGCUCAUCUGAAGAUGGCGAUGAUAUGACUCCUAAACCGCAGCUUACCCGUUCUCAAGCUGUCAAUUGGGGAGCGCCUGCUAUGAAAAAAGAAAGUCGAUUUGUAAAUGACAACCUUAGGGGUCUCAGAAGUUUCCCAGUGAGACGACCCAGUAAAGCAUAUGACGAUCGACCGGAUCCGAUUUAUCCUUUCGAUAAUACUCCUAAUAAACUCGAAGAGAUUUUGGGUCCGCCCGCUAGACCCGAAGCUCCUAUACGUAAUACCCGAAAACGAGAUGCUAAGAGAAUACACGUUAAAAGUUUAGGAGAAGUCGAGGAGGUGGUUGACUCAGGAAGUAUAGAUAAGGGAUUAUUAGGAACUAUAGAUGAAAGAAAAGCUCAUCUCGAGUUUAGCAGAUUGUCGGGUAAUUUUACCGCUCAAGAGGGUUCGAACAAAUUAUCGUUAACUCCGAAAAGGCAAAGAUCGAAUCUCACCCAAUUAGGUAGACGAAAUAGUGAUCCUGCAACCAAAGUACUUAUUAAUGAACAUAUAGGUAUAGAUGCCAGCCCUGCCUCGAAAGGAAGUGACAAGUGGAGCGACAAUAAUACCCACGAUCUAGCGGGUCACACUUUUCGAAAAAUAAACCGACUCGCCAAAGACGACUGUUGCUCCUUCUGCGACCAAAAAAUAGAUAUGUUUUACACGCAAGGGUAUAAGUGCACUCUUUGCAAGAAACUUUUUCAUCCUAAAUGUAUUCAGAACAACGUGUUCGAGAAUCCAUGUCCCAUUCGGCGUUCUGGACCUGAAAUCGGUAAAGUAAAACAUAAACAAACAGCACGUAAGCAAAGGAAAUACUCGGGAGCUCCAAUUGAUGUAAAUAAGUCGGAGGAAGCGAAAUUUAGUUUAACAGGAACGUCGGAAUUUACAGACAGGACGGAUCAGAUAAUCACCGGAGCCGAAGAAUUGACUUUGAUGCAAGAAUUUAUUGCUGAAAAAAUCAUGAAAAUGGAAACGGAAGGCGGAAAGUCGAGCGAAGUGGACAAGGUGUUUAAGCAGGCGUUAAGGGAAUUUAAAGACAAUUUAGUACAGAUGUACAGCGCGGCAUCGAAACACAUGGAGGCGUGCAAUAUUAGAUAUAAGGACCUUAUUAGUAUUUUUAAUCAGGCGAUGAUGACUGUCUGUCAGCGUGAGCUCAAAGAAAAUGAGACAAAGAAUUUUCCUAUAACGUUAGGUGUAAAUGCUUUUAGAGGAUUUAUGGACGAGUUUAUGUCGACGAAAAGCGAGGAUAAACCGAACAAAACUAAAAGAAAAAAAGAGAAAAAGCGAAAAGUGGAGACUUACAAGUGCAAAGGGCACACGUUUCUUCAGACAAUCAUCAACAUCCAAACCGCUUGCGAGAUCUGCAAUUCAUUUUUCAUGUGGCCGAUCGAGCGGGGUCUUGUGUGCCAAAGUUGUAAACUGACGUGCCACAAAAAAUGUUGCACCAACGCCAGUCAGUGCCAAAAGGAACCUCCACAGCCCGGGGAAAAUAAGAAGAUAUUCGGGGUCGCUCUGGUUACCUUAGUCACUGAGGAGCAUAAAAUUCCACUCGUUAUCGAAAAGCUUAUUUGUACAAUUGAGGUUAAGGGGCUCUACACCGAAGGCAUUUACAGGAAAUCAGGCGUCAAGUCAAAGAUUACAGAAGUGAGAAAUCAGAUGGAUCAAAGUCCGGAUAAUGUGGAAUUUGACAAAUAUCAGGUUCAUGUGUUGGCUUCUGUAUUAAAGACAUUCCUUCGGGAAAUGCCAGACCCGCUACUCACCUUCGAGUACUAUGAAAACUUUAUUCGGGCGGCUAACCUGGAAAUGGACAGUGACCGAAUAACGACGCUUUUUGACAUUUUAAAGAAGCUGCCGUCGCCAAACUACGAUUUGAUGGAGCGGCUGAUUUUUCAUUUGGCGCGAGUCGCUCAUCACGAGGAGACCAACAGAAUGAGCGCCUCUUCGUUAGCUAUAGUGUUCGCACCCUGUGUCCUUAGAACUAAUAAGCGCGUGCCUGCUCAAGAGAGUUUGCACGACAUUACUAGUCAGACGAGGUGUAUAGAGACGUUAAUAAGGGUGCAACUGGAAAAACUACGCCUUACUCUGUACGAAAUCGACACUCUGGACACCGCACGUCAGGCAGCCUCAAACCGACUUUCCUCCUUGCGCAGUUCGAAAGUUUUUAGUCCCGAUGAACUCUUGCCCAGCAACCAGCCUUCCCAGCAACAGGCGGAUGACGAGGAACACCUUCUGGUCGAUCACAUACAGGAGAUCCAAAAAGAAAAAGAGCAUUUGACGUCGACGCUGCCGACGCUCACGCACGCAACUUCCGACGACGACAUGUUGUCGACGGACGGCGAUGGUAGUUUGGACGAUCUGACUUGUUUAGGAGGCGAAAAAAGCAAACAGCGCCCCAUUAUCAGAUCGAUAUCAUCAGGGGAAUCAAAAGAAAACGCUUAUCCCAAACUCAAAAAGCAAUCUUCGUCAGAAGCCAGGGGGAAACUGAUGGACGAUAGCGAGGAUCCUAUAAUGGUAUAGGAUUAUAAUUCCCUGUUAGCCUAGUUAUUAUUGGUAUCAUUCAGACUUUUCUGCACAUCUUAUUGAUUUAAAUGGAUAAUUAGUCCACGUGACAAGAGUGCUCUCUUAUGAUGAACUGUUGAUAUUUUUGUUAUUCAUGUUGUUAAACGUUAUAAGUAGUCAAUGGAGAAUCAAAGAAUUAUCAGGCGACUACGUUGGUCGUUAUUAUGACAAUACAAAUUGUAAUAUAUUACCAUGGACCACCCUUACAUGCAUUUCGUCUAAACAAAUUCAUAGCUAAUUAGCUGAUUAGAUUCCGAUAUUUUUCUAAUCCCACUGAUAAAGAACGAAGAUUGAUUUUGCUCUAAUCACCUAAAAAAUCUAAUUAAAUACUUCAAUUUUUGUUUCUUGUAAUAAUAGAUAUUUUCUCUAUGUCUCUUGUUCUCUCUUUGUCGCUCUGUAUUUUCAAUUUUUAUAGCAUACAAAUAACUAAAACUACUACAUCGGAUGACCCAAGAUUAAUAGAAUUAGGCCAGUAAAACUAUAGGUCCAACCGGGAACAAAUUUGGGACAAGCUGAAAUUGUCCGGAUACCUUCUGUAGGUUGUCGACAAUGUUUCCUAAGAAAUCGCACUCAAUCGCAUGGGCCGUACUCGCCCAAUAGGGCUUUAAACUAAAAAAAAACGUGCUUUUUUAUUAUUUUUCAAAAUUAUCUAAAAAACUAUUAUCUUUUUUAAAAAUCUACAAGCAAACAAAAUUAUUGCCAAUAAAAAUACCUACAAAAUGGUUUUUUGUUUUUUAAAAUCGGCCUAAAAACAAAAAAAGUUAUGGGCUUAUAAAAAUUGGGCCGAUUGGGCUUGGAUUCUAUUACACUGCUUUUGGUAAAUUCGACUUUAUUAAUGCUGACGCAAAUUAAUUGGAUGUUUUUUAUAACAAAAAUAUGGUAGUUGUCAUAAAAAACCAGUGUGGAAAAUUGUAUACAAAUCACUAGGUAUGAUUUAAUAUUUUAAGUAAAGCGUUAAACGCAAAAAUAGGUAAAUAAUGCUAUGCUAAAAUGUGCUGCUACUUACUCGUUUAAUAAUAAUCUCAAAUAAUAUUUAAAAAAAAAACAGAAACAUACUAUAAAACUAAAGUCUGUAUGGCAUGGUACCUAAAUGACACUUUUUAAAGAGUUAGGCCAGUUGUAUUUAUUAUUAAAUUUGAUACCAAACACGGUAAUCGUGUCAUACAGUCAUAAACAAAAAGUAUACUUACUUUAUUAAAACAAAUCUUAAUAAAAGAAAAAGAAAUUAUUCUAUACAUUCAUCAUUUUCAACAAAAGACACAUUUGUUGCAUUGUCACAAUACUGUCUAAUGCAAAUUGUACAGCUUGAUGAACAUUUAAUUCCUAUUGCAGCUACACGUUUUGGAGCAUACUGACUUGCAUCCACAAAAUAAUAAUUUUAUAAUAAAAUCGGGAGCGAUGUCCUUCCUGUUUCUUUGUGGCUCUAAGUAACCGUCCUUUUCCACCCAACCCUACUCUCUUGGAUCUAAAUUAUUUCCCAACCAUGACUGCACCUGAAGGUAAACCCUUUUAAAAUGUAGUUGAGCAGCUUCAGUUGUCGGGGGUAAAGAAGCUAGCUCAAAGUUACUACACAGUUUUUGGCGUGCAAUUACCUGAUUGUAUUUUACAUACCUAAAUGAGUUUAAAUGUUGCCUUCUCCUACUGCCGUACCAUUUUAGAAUAAAAUUUUCUCCUAAUUUUAAUAAAGUGGCAAUAUCACUGAAUACCCCUUUAAAUUGAAGUAAAUCUUCGGAAAGUUUUUCAUUUUUAGACAAAACAAUUAAAGCACUUUUUUUGCCCUUUUUAAAGAAUGCCGAUGUGGUAUCGCAACCUGACAUUGCAUGAACAAAUAAUAUGUUUUUAACUAUUGCAGGAUCUAAAUUCGAUUUUAAUGUAUGCAUAUUUGUUAUUUUGUCCAUUUUGCCUGCAAAACCUGGUCUAAAAAAAUACAGAUUUUGUGUUUGAAGUAAAGUAAUAAUUAGGUAUCAUGUGUUUUUUUUUUUACAAAAUGGUUCAAUUUUUAGAUAUAAUUGCAGCUCAAGCCGUAAUGGCCUAAUAUUUAAAGGCCAAUAAGUUCUUUGUUUUUAAGGCGAUUUUGAAAAACAAAAAGCGGUUUUGUAGCUAUUCUUAUGGCAACAAAUUUCCUCUCUUAUAAAAUUUUUAAAUAGUUUAUAUAAUUUUUGAGAUAUUUUCAAAGAAAUAAAAAAAAAUACGAUUUUUUAGUUUAAAGUCUGAUUGGGCGAGUACGACCCAUGCGAUUUAGUGCGAUUUUUAAGGAAACACUGUCGACCAUCUAAAGAAGGUAUCCUGAAAGUUUCAGCUUGUCCCAAAUUUGUUCCGGGUUACCCCAUGUAAACACCUUAGUUUUACUGGACUAAAUACUAUAACUACAUUUCUUUUUUAUCAGAACUAAUGUCAUUUUCGGUUUGCCCCGUAUAUUUUUACAUAUUUUGAUAAAAAAAUUGUAUCAAAGUCUAUAGAUUUGACCAAAAUUCAUGCACAAUAGUCACUGAAAUUUCCACCGUCACGGCGUCAGGGCAUAUUCGUAAAACCAUCAAUACAUAAAUAGUUAGAUUAACAAAAUUAUUAUUUUCUUUAUGAUUUUCUAAUAUCCAAUUACAUAAUUGGAAUCUUUUUUAAAAGAAAAAUUAGUACUUUGCCGUGAAUUCCAUAUUUUCUGAACAAAAUGUCCUAAAUAAAUAUGCGCAUUAAAAUGAGUAGCAAACGCUGCAUACAAUUUUCAAUUUUAUAUUUGAAAAUCUAUUUUUCUUUAAUUUUCUUUAUGUGAAGUUAUUUUUUAAUUGAUUUUCUAAAAGGUUACACGAAAAUAUUCGAAAAAAAUGUAUGUCUAAAAACAUUGGUUACUUAAUGCAUAUUUACUAGUUACAAAUAUAAAUGCCCUUUUUUAACCCUACGUUAGGCGCGUGGAUAUUACUGACACGGUUAGGCGCGUGGACUACAGUGGUAGCAACUCAAUUUAUUUAUUUAUUUUAAUGGAUCGAUUUAUCCAAACUUCAGAAAAAAGUUUUUAAAAUUAGUUCUUUUAAAUGUUAAUAAGAUAGUAAACAUGUAAAUAUUGUAAAAGAAAACGAAAAAUGCUUUUAAUUUUAGGUUAACUUAUUUUAUUUUAUUUAUGAAAUUAAUCUUGCACUUAAAUACAAAAAUAAGUUUUAAAAAAAAUCUACUAAUUUUGGCAGAAAAAAAAACAUAAACAUCAUAUAAAACGUGGAAUAACAAAACUUAUCCUAAGGCGAAACAAAAAAUUAAACAUUUAUUCUACGUUACAUAACAAAGACAAAACUGGUCUAAAUUUACUGCAUGCACUCUACACAGAUCUCAUUCAAGUGUUCUUUACAGGCGUAUCUUUGGCAUUUUUUACAAUAUUUUCGAGUAGACUUAUCGCGAUUCCUGGCACAAAAUGAACAACGUCUGACAGUAUUUCUAUUUACAGGUGGGAGAGGUGUUACCACUUCUGAAAUUCCCAAUAAAACACGGGCGCGCCGUCGAAAUUCCGGAGAGACUUGGAUAAGUGUAGCUUUAAAUUCAAUUUGAGGCCUAAUCAAUUCCCAUGCAAGUUCUUCUAUGAAAUCUGACCUUGCUAUCUUUCUGUUCCAAUUAUUAGACUUGCUAAAAUAUUUAGCAGGUCAUAAAAGAUUACCAUCGGAUAUCGGCGAGUAUUUCUUGAUACAUCAUAUUUUGCACACAAUUGGUCUAGUCGAUCCACGGCAAACUUCGUUUGGUUAUACAUUGUGAUUAUUUCAGGUUUUCUAGCGUCUCCAGUUUCAGCAUCAAUUGCAUUAUCAUGGUGCAUACUUGAAAUCAACAUUACAGAUUUACUUUUCUUUGGACAAUACGACACAAUUGUGCAGUCUUUCUGGAAUCCAAAAAUAGAAGAUCCCACUUCUUUACUUUUGUGUGGCAAAAAUUCCUUUGGUAAUUCUACUUUAUUUUUUCGCAUUGUGCCAAUAUAAGUUAGCUUUUUUUCAAUAAGUAAUUUUUUAACCAAUCAGUAAAUCAGUUAUCGCCAGAUAUGUUGCGGUUAGUGUUUGCCACUGGUUCUACUCAUCUAAGGACAAUUUCUUCUCUGGAAUUUUUAAAUUUAUAUGGUCCUUCAGGUUCGGUCCCUACAUACGUCUCAAGGUUGAAUGUAUAACCAGAUUUGACGUCCACCAAAGCAAACACUUUCACACCAUAUCGAGCCGGUUUACUUGGUAUAUAUUGCUUGAAUGAGCAACGUCCACGAAAUGCCAGAAGUUGCUCAUCGACAGUCAAAUAUUCACUUGCAAUAAAAUAUCUUUGAAAAUUGGCCAGAAAUUGUUCAAAAAUCUCCCUAAUAGGAGCCAUUUUAUCAAUUUCUCUUCUUAGAUUUCUGCCUCUAAUGUCAUCAAAACGCAUGCAUCGCAAAAGAAACCUAAAACGUUUCUCACUCAUUGCCAAGUAACAUACUUCUACGCCACUUCCUUUUGAGUUGUCCCAAAUUUUAUGUAAGUUUUUUCGAGAUGAUCUUAAUACACCGAUUAAAUAAAGAAUCCCUAUAAAUACCCUUAUCUCUCUUUCAUCUGUAUUUCUUGCAUCCCGUUCUCGUUCAAAUCGUUCUUUUAUACUUUCAAUAUAAAUAUUGGUACAGGUAGUAAUGGUUCGUAUGAUAGACUCAUCUAGUAAAAGAUUUAAACACUCAAUCCCCGUUAUUUCUGCAUUUCUAGCAAUUCCCUUCGGACCAGGCAAAUGUGUAAUGAUGUUAUGAGAUCUGGUUCUUAUAUGAACAUUAGGAGUUUCUUUUCUCCAUUUUGUUUUUUUUGUCCUUCCCCGUAAAAUAAUUAUUUCGUCGUUCAGACUCACCGACAUCGUCAGUUCAUCUUCACUCUCAGUCAUCACCUCGCUUUGGUCACUUGACAUUUCGUCAAACCAUUGUGACCAAACAGCUGGAUCUUUGGAUGUUUCAAUACGCCUCCUCUUUUCUUGGGACAUCUUGCUAUUUUAUUUCUCUAGAAAAAAUUAAAUUCAAAUUUAAAAUCAACAUUACAAAAUUUUAAAAUUAAAAAAAUAAUAAAUUUUAAUAAAGUACAAAUAACAAAUAUUUCGCCUUUUCUCAAAUUCUUAAUUUUCUAUUAAUAAAAAAACCAUUUUUAUAUAGUAUUAUUAAUCGUCAUGACAUAAAAAAUACUUACGGGAUUAGGCGCACGGGCUACCACUGUAGCCCAGUGGUAAAAAUUCGCUAAUAUUUUGAAAUCGCACGUCCGCUUACAGACAAUUGUAAACACAUACUGUCUAUCGAUAUCUAAUAAGCAGCUACUGAGAACGUCGACGACGCAAGACAAUAUUGGCGCUAGUAGUAGCCAUUCAAAAUGCAGCCAUGCGCCUAACGUAGGGUUAAUUGAAAUAAGUGCUCUAAAUAAAAAUGAGUGUUAUCACUAAGUGGGAUACCAUUGUUUUUGGUACCUCACUUUUUCCUUUUAUCUAAAUAUGUAGAGAUAUAUAGGAUGUCGUUAAACUGGAAAGUAUGCGAUUCGUAACACAUCUACAUACCAAAUUUAAUUUCUUCUUAUUACAAAUUUGUUGCCUUUAUCCUGGGCCAUCCGGUAUAUACACUAGCUAAAUAUUUACUUUUAAAUAAACUAUAUAAAACACGUUCUGCCUGUAAUUGUGUAACUAUAAUUGCUAGAAUAGUACUCCAGUUGAAACAAAUCAAAUUAGAGCGUUAAACAAGACUGCUCACCUAGUUUAUUUAGGAUAGAUAAACUAAAAACCAGUUAUUUUUGACUUAAGGUAACGUUAAGGUUUUGUAAACUAUUUCACCAAGCUGUGAUUUUAUUUCCUUGAGGUUUAAAAAUCUAUCAAAAGAUUGAAAUUAAGUUGAUUGUAUAGCAAUAAAAUAUUGACACUAUAUUUAUUAUGGUUUGAGUGGCCGAUGAAUGCGAAAUAUAAAGGCUCUUAUACAAAGCGUUUUAAAACAUAGCAAAAUUUUUUCCUAAAGUUGAUUCAUGUGUUGUUAGUCUGUAUUUAAACAUGAUAUUUUACAUUUAAAUAUAUAUCUAUUGGAACCGAUAUUCCUAUUUAAAUUUACACACCUAAUUAAACAAUUUUCUCCAGUUUUAUUUAUAGAGUUAUCAGGAUAUUUUUCCAGUGAACGAAUUUAACCAACAGAAAAUGCCGUAUGCGCAUAUUUUUAACUUUUCGAGAAGAAACAGUAUUUGAGUCGCAAACGUUUUACAAGUACAAAAGUAAAUUUACUGCUUAUGUUAUUAUUGAAAGUUAACAAUCAAUCAACCAAGUGGAGUUAAUUCUUCUGCAGACUUUUACCUUUACGUAAAUAGUAAGUUAGAACAGCAAACUAAAAACAUAUUCAUUUUGUAAAGUCACAUUUCGACAUCUUAUUGGAUCUUCAGCCUUUUAGAUUUUACGUUCUUGCUGAAAUCAUGGUAAACCAUACACGAUAUUAAACUAGCAACGGACAUUACUAUGAAAUUAUUAAAUAAAAAAGUGAAAUUGAUUUAUCAUUAAAAAGAAACAUUAGCCACCGACACCAGUGUUUUAGUAGUUAAUUAUUUUUGUUAUUAUAUAUCGUCGGUUUUCAAGAAGAGUGACAUAAUCCAAAAAAGAUCAUUUUGAGAUAAACACGUUUUAAAAUUUUAUUCAAUUAUUUUAGGGUAUUAUUUUUAUUUGUAUAAAUGAAAUGAUUUACUUCUUUCAGUAUAUUGAUGUAUACCUUUUAAGUAAAUAUUCAUUAAUAUUAUUGUCUAUGAUGUUGAUAAUUUAGUGGUAAAAACUGGGAAAUUUAAAACCCCCUUUUGAGAUGUGACAUUAUUCUAGAUAAAUAGUAUUAAAAUAGUACUCUUUUAUUUCAUUUUUCAGCAUAAAAAAAUAGGAAAAUAAAUAAAACAACAAAUACAACUUUAAUAAAUCUGGUUCUAUUUGGAAAUAGUAAACAAACCUAUCAUCUACUUUACAAAAGUUGAUGAGCUAAAAAAGACAUUAUCUUUUAACAUAAUACUUUACUCAUAAAAAAAAAUAUAAACAAAAAUUUAAGUCUUAAAAGACUAUUAUAAUGACCCAAAGAAAGUUGCAUAAUAUUUUGGAAUGUAUAAUUUCCUCUCACUAGAUCAAUCAAAUCUUUUUUUUUAUUUUCUGAUAUUCCUGGUUUAUUGGAAAAAGCUUUUUUUAACUGAAUAGGAUCUGAUGGGUUAAUUGAACGUUUGCUAUUUCGCGAUAUUACUUUACCUUCUUUAAAUCCAUCCGUGUAUGAUGUUUUAUGAAAUAAUGAGUUAGGCGAGCAUUUCUCAAAUUUAACCACUUUUAUGUCCGACACUUUAACUAUAUUGUUAUCUACAUCUUUGGACAAAUUCAAUCUAAACUGAGCAUUUAUGUCUUUUACAUCCAAAAAAUCGUCGAAUGACAUUUCGAUCGCUGUAUAUGGUGGACCUUUUUUCUUUGCGGCUCUUAUAGCACUUAUAAAUGAGUCAGGAGUAUACAAGGGUGAAGUUUUUAAUUGUUUUUUAAGAUAUCCUUCAAUCGUGGAAUGAACAGAGUCACCCUCGUUUUGAGUAUGCCCUUUAAUUAAAUAUUUAUGAGUGAUUGAUUUGAUGUUUAAACUUCUAACUGCGUACAAAUACAAACUAAGCAUAAACUUAUUUUUUUGUUGUCCAGGGCAAUUAUCAGAAUAAAAAAUUAACUCCGUUUCACCGUCAUUAUCAGAAACUUCCUGAAUAUAUCUGUAAAUGCAAGUUUCUAGCGCUAGCAAAACGCAAUUGCGUUAGCUAGUUAAAUCUGUGGUAGUACUAAAAAGACUGCCGUCAUAGCUAUCUUAAAUAAUUUUAAAUUAACUUACCUCAAAAUGAUCCUCACAGCAAAACCGAUUACAAGUACUCGAAAGAACUUUGUUUAUUUUAUUGUCUCUCUUCAUUACAUUACACCACUGUUUCCGUAUUAUCUCUCCUCUGGGUACACUAAUAAAUACUUUAUUUGGAGUAGUUUUUGUCGUAUUUCUACACCUUGGCACAAUACAAUAUUUAUAGCGGGUAUGUGGAGCAGACAUUUUGAAAAACACAAACAACAGCAAAACCAUGCAUAAUAAUAUUAACAAAGCAGCGUGUGCGGUCGACAUGCUAGCGUCGGUCGUCGCGUCCACUUGGGCGCCUGUGACGUAUCAUCCCGGCCGCGCUGGUACAAGGAAAAAAUUAAACAUGGCCUAUUUAUUCGAACUUUGAUAAUUAAUUGUGAAGUAACUAUAAAUGCUAGAGAACUGAAAUAAAUUGCUAAAUUUAAGUUGGAGCCUGCUCUUUUUUACUAAAAAAUAAUCGAAUUGUCGUUUCCAAGCUCAUUGCUAGAGAUGCUUCCCACUUAUAGCAAGACCAUUGGCUAGUCUAUCGUAAUAACUAGUAAGUAGUUUUAAUCCAUUCUGGAGAAGGAUACAUGCUUAUGCCUUACUUUGUACUUGGUUAGAACAAAUUAUUAAUGGAGCUUAUUAUAAGAAACCCUUUGGAAAGCCCUAUUUUACUAAUUCAAUUUCCCAUCAAUCUUUAUACUUUAAAAAAUUAAAUUUUAUUAUUAAAAUUGAUUUAUCCUUGAUUUAUCCUGGCUUAUCUGCAACUUUCAGAUUAAGUAAAUCAAAUCAUAAAGCAUUGAUGUGCACCACUGUGAAACUGUUACUGUUACUGUACAAAGUUUGUUGAAUUGGGUCAAAGUGACUUCUUGCGGUCAAAUAAAAUUUGAGAUUUAAGAAAAUCUCAAUACUUCCGAAAAAAACUGAAAUUAACGUUUCCUUUAUUGCAGUAAUAUUGUUUGAGUAUUCAAGAACAAUUAUCAAAUUUUUAUUUGGUUUUAAUAUUAUAAAAUAAAUAAUUUACAAUACGUUGUAACAUUUUAACGUAUUAUUUACAUAUUCAGUUUUAGGCAAAUUUCAAUGUUUUUUUUUGUUAAGCUCGAUAAUAAAAUGCGCAAUUUUAAUUCAAAAUGCAUACUUUCAUUAGCAUUUUAACUAUGGUUCACCUGUAUAUAAAGCAAUUCUGGUACCUCAUAACAUAUCCAUAUUUCGAAAUAAAACAUAAAAAAAAAUAUAAAUAAAUUUGAGGCAAUGUACAGUUGAAAUUAUUUAGAGGGUAUUUGGAAAAUUGUUAUACACUGAAAGUUUUUAAACUGUAAAAUUUAAGAAUAUAUGGAUUGCACUAAUACAAUUUUUCAAUGUCAAAAUAUAUGGUCGUUUUCUUCAAAUAGCCGGUAGUUUUUCAUUAUCGAUAAAAAAAAUUCAUAUAAUAAAAACAGAAAAUGUGUAUACCAGAAUGAUCAAUUUUGGCACUUCUGGGUUCUUAGUUAUGACGUUAUUUAAGUGUGUCGAAACAGAAUUUUUACAUUUUAUUAUUAAAUAUUUAAGCAAUUUUAGCUAAGCAAAUUUAAAUAGGAAAAUUAAAAUGGUAUACCACAUUAAUAUCUUCCGUACUAACUGAGUUAUGUUGUAUCUUAUAACUCCGUAGUAUCGCAUUAAACAUUUUUCCGUGUAAUAUUUUAAAUACUAUAUUUUUAAUAGUAUUCCUAUAUAUUAAAUACCUGUUUAGCAUUUGUAAAUAAAUAAAUGUAUAUUUAAGCUUAUAAUGAAUGAUCCAAAUAAUACUGGCAUUUAUUAAUUUAGUAUAGUCUCAAAUUAUUUGUGAUUGUAUAUAAAUACCUACCUAUGUCUAGUUAGUUGUACAUAAUAUAUCGGCAGACUGUGUAUCUUACCGAAAGAAUUUAUAUUUUUAAAUUAUUGUAUUAUAUUCUUCUAGUUUAUUUUUCUUUGUAUAAGAACCCAUUAUGCCCUUUAUUAUAAAUUAAAAAAUAAGCAUUAUACAUAUAAGAAUGGUUAGUUAUUUCUAUUAAAGAUAUUAUGAUUAUUAUUACUAUUAUUAAUAUUAUUUUUAUUAUUAUUAUUAAUAUUAUUAUUGUACCAAAAUUUACAUUAACCAUGACAGUUUAAAGUAUUAGAGGUUAUUAUGUACUUUGUCAUACAGAGGGCGUAUUGAUUUUUUUGUUGUCUGUCGGAAAAGAAAACAUUUGUUGCUACUACUUAGAAUAGUGCCAUGUAUUUACACUUAAAUCUAAGUAAAGCGGAAGUCUAGGUGGUACAAACUGUUUUUCGUUCAAUUUUGUAUAAGAGUUUUAUUUUAAAAGUAAUGUUUCUUUUUAAUAAUAAAAAAUAUGCGUUAGAAAUUUA